AUGAGGUGGCUUAUUCCCGACUGUAGGAAGUCUAAAAGAUCAACAAAAGAUAUGGAUGGGCGCCGCAGAAGCGUGCAACAUAUCGGACUGCCCGCAACCUCAAGGUCAAACUCUCGAGCUCUCGAUAGUCGAGCGUCGUUGAACCAAGCUCGGACAGACGCGCCGGACACUGGCAAGCAACCUGGGCCUGUCCAGCAGCCACAUAGAUAUGUCCAAGCAUCCGCAGUUGAAUUAACAGAUGAGCUAUUUCAUCUGCACGAUCAAGGAUCGGCCAAUUCACCUACAACGCACAGCAACACUUCCGCCCUUCCCGGUGGGACAUUCCUCCAUAGUCGCAUAUCUGACGACCGAGAUGAUGGGAAGACCAGCCUUUCUUCCCUCUUCCCUGGGCUAGUUGUUCCAUCCCGUCCAGUCUGUGACGCCCUGCUCCAGUCCUACUGGAGGUCCGCGCAUUGGUUCAUGAUGCUGUUCUAUAAGCCUUCGUUUGAACGCGAGUAUAGGCAAAUCAUUGGUGAUCAACACGUGGCUACUCAGCAGAGGGGCAUAGCAGUGCUGAUUCUGAUGGUCCUUGCCAUAGGGGCAAGGUAUGCCUCUGACGAGGAGCGCUCGAAAGUCGGCAUAUCUAAGGAAGAGCUGUCCUCACUCCAGAGAGAUCUGCUCGACCAGAUUCGCUUGCACUAUUUUGAUGUUCUGGACACUGGAGCCGUGGAAUGCGUUCAGCUAUGCAUCCUGCUGAGCACCUACUACCUCUACAAUGGCAUGCCGAACCUAGCAUUGCCUAUACUUGGUGCGGGAAUCCACAGUGCGCAGGCACAGGGCCUGCACAAGGAGAGUCUUUGGGGCUCCGCAAGUGAGGUUGUUCUCGAAGUCCGCAAGCGAACUUGGUGGGCUCUAUAUGUCCUCGACAGGUUCGCUUCAAUGACCUAUGGUCGACCGCCCUCAGUUAAUGACGAUUUCUGCGCUGUGAGCAUGCCCCGAGAUAUGGAUGACAUAUUGACUGUGCAUCCGUUGCUGAACCAUGCGGGCCAUUCUCCAACACCGGUCACACUGGGUUCGUAUCAACGGCACAAAUUCAAUCUAUACACCAUUGCAACCCUCGUCAUUCGCAAUAUCCAUAAUGUGCACGUCUCUAGUUCGGAGACUGCAAUGAACCAAGCCGCAGAAACCAAUGCCAAGCUGGUGGACUGGUUUGACCGACUGCCCGUGGAAUUAAGGCUGGAGCACAAUGUCGAUUUAGACAUGGGCAGUUUGACAAGUGCCGAGGCUGAGGUCUGCCAGUUGUUUCAACUACAGGCGCUGGCCCUUCAGCUGGCCUAUGAUAACAUCCAAAUACUCUUACACCGGCCUUUUAUCCAAUGUACUCGCCGCUUACCUGUGCGUACGUCUUCCGGCUUGACCGAGUCCGACGGCCGCCCAACAAGCUUUGAACAAUGCAAGCACUCUGCUCGCCGCACCUGCAGCAUCCUGCCACGCUAUGCAAACCUUCUCCAUGUAGCCCAAAUGACGCAUGCCGCAGCAUACAUCGCCAUUCAAAACUUCACUGCCGGGGUGACCAUGGCCAUGGUAGCGCUGUCCGACCCAGGCUCAGAACAAUCCUUCGACGCCAAACGAGGUGUCGCGAAUUCAAUAAAGCUGCAAAAGACACUCGCUGCAUCAUCCAUAGUUCCCUCACAGACGGUCCGGGUCCUGGAGGGGCUGUUCCAACUAAUGUUCAAGCGUGAAAUGCAGGCAUUGCUGGGCAAUCCGCCUCUGGAAUUGGAUUGUCCCAGCCCAGCACCAGACCAGCCUCAUCCAUCUGACAGUAAUAGUAUGCAUGUUCCAGCUCCUAUGGGGCGUCGAUUCACCCACAGAGCGUCGCGUGGGGGCCAGGACAACCCAGGGCUACUAUCAGGCAUCAUUGACCCCAACGACCACGCCGCGAUGAACCGUGAUCUGGCUCAAGAUGCUCCCGGCUUAUCAUUCUAUCCGAGGAUUGGCCAGGCACUAGAAUCAGUGCAGCAAGUAUUAUGGGAGAAUUCCGAUCCCACAGCCCAUGGAGGAAGUUAUGGUUAUGUCCCGGGGACGUACAACUCCCAUCCUUAUAUGUGCGAACCGCCGGGGCCGGGGCCGGGCCCGUUUGUAGGGAAUAUUGCAGAAGAAACCAACCGCUUUCCUCAGCCGAAUCCACCGGCCUCAAUGGCUGACCCUGACCCUGCAAGCCAGGAUCUGAAUAUCCUGAAUACCUGCUUCCUCAGUCAGAGCUGGCUAUGGAACCAGCCGGACUUUGAUGGUUUGCGAGAACUAUAG